ACAAAGAACACGAGAGAAAUAAAUAACCCAAAAGUGGGGGAACAUAUCAAUCAGCGGAAAUUUCGUCUUUGACAAAAUUGAAAGAAGACAAGAGGUGUGAUGAAUACUGUGACGAAUCAACUAAUGAAACAAUGAUAAGGGGAGGGAAGAAGAAGAACCAACAGAUCGGCCGGAGCAGAAAAUCAUCGUCGUCUGGUCGAGGAGCAGUAGAUUGACGGAGAUGGAGGAACCGUUGAUUGACGGCGGCUGCGGCGGCGGCUACAUCGAAACCUCCGAGCUUCUUCAUCCUGCACCAUCGACGGUAGUCGAAUCGGGGAAUGGUGAUUACCUUCCGGUGAAAAGCUUUGCCGAUGUCAAAUCUAUGUUUUGGAAAGAGUCUAUGAAGCUUUGGAUCAUCGCUGGUCCCAUCAUUUUCAACACUUUCUGCCUCUAUGGGAAAAACUCUUUCACGCAGAUCUUCGUUGGUCACAUUGGUAAUAUCGAGCUUUCCGCCGUCGCCAUUGCCUUGUCUGUCAUCUCUAUCUUCUCCAUCGGCUUCUUGCUUGGUAUGGCGAGCGCACUAGAGACGCUAUGUGGUCAAGCCUUUGGUGCUGGGCAGAUCUUCAUGCUUGGCAUUUACAUGCAACGCUCGUGGAUAAUCCUUAUAGUCUCUAGUGUCUUCCUUCUCCCAAUUUACAUCUUUGCCACCCCUAUCCUAGAGCUCCUCGGCCAGGAACACGAUAUAGCUGUUCUCGCCGGCAAGUUCACUAUCCAAAUCAUUCCUCAGCUGUUCGCACUAGCCAUCAAUUUCCCGAUCCAAAAGUUCCUUAUGGCCCAAAGCAAGGUUUGGGUGCUCGCUUGGAUUAGCUUCGUCACCCUUCUCAUACACGUGUUCUUGCUCUGGCUUUUCAUCUACGUCCUUGGUAUGUCUACCUCUGGUGCAGCCGCGGCCUACAACAUUACGGGCUGGAUGAGUCCUAUUGCUCAGUUGGUUUAUGUGGUGGUUUGGUGCAAGGAUGGGUGGAAGGGCCUAUCUUGGUUGGCCUUCCAUGAGAUUUGGGCUUUCGUUAGGCUCUCCUUGGCCUCUGCCGUCAUGCUUUGCCUUGAGGUGUGGUACUUUAUGACUCUAGUUGUCCUCACCGGCCACCUUGGUGAUGCAGUCAUAGCUGUUGCUUCCAUCUCUGUCUGUAUGAAUCUCAAUGGUUGGGAAGCAAUGCUGUUUCUUGGAAUCAAUGCUGCUAUAAGUGUUCGAGUUUCAAAUGAACUUGGAUCAGGACACCCUAGAGCUGCCAAAUAUUGUGUCUUUGUUACAGUUGCUCAAUCAUUUCUCAUUGGGCUAUUCUUCAUGGUCCUUAUCUUGAUUACCAAAGACUAUUUUGCUGUCAUUUUUACUAGCAGUAAGGAGCUGCAGCAAGCUGUCUCUCGCCUUGCUUACCUCCUUGGGGUAACUAUGGUACUUAACAGUAUCCAGCCGGUCAUCUCAGGUGUUGCUAUUGGAGGUGGGUGGCAAGCAUUGGUUGCUUAUAUUAACCUGGGUUGUUAUUAUAUAUUUGGGCUUCCUCUGGGGUUCCUUAUGGGCUAUAAAUUGAAUAUGGGAGUGGAGGGAAUUUGGUCUGGCAUGCUUUGUGGAACUGCACUGCAGACAUUGAUCCUACUGUUCAUCGUUUGGAAAACCAACUGGAAGCAUGAGGCUGAUCAAGCAUCAGAACGCGUGCGAAAAUGGGGUGGAAAAGACAAUGAAGAUGAAAAAGUUGUGAUUGACUCUUGUUAGAGAAGGUAAAAUUUUUGAAAUGUCUUAGUCUUUGGGCUUUGGAAGAUGACUGGAGCCUUGCAAAUAUUAGGUUAUAUUUAAUUUGUGUUAAAUAUGCAAUUAUUUUAGUUGCAAAUUAAACACUGCCAUAUUUUCAUCAUUUUUGUAGAUGGUACAUUUUUUCACCACCUCUUUAUCCCCCCUUACAGUUAUUCUAGAUUAAAAAAAAAAAAAUUCUUUUUUUGGUACAUGAUCCAAGUGUUGGAUUUGGUGUGUCCAUCAGACCCAAUUUUGAUAAUUAUAUAACAAUUACUUUGCAUAAUAAUAUUGGGCGUUUGAUUGUUCUAAGGUUUAAACUUUAAA